UUUCAAAAGUUUCUCAAAAUAUCCUCUCUCCUCUCUCUCUCUCUCUCUCUCUCGAUCUUCUCCGCCUUCCUCGGCGAAGAUCUUCUCCGCCGUUCCUUGUCGGCGGUUCCUCCUCUGCCGCUUCCUCUUCUCCCUAUCGCUUCAAAACCUUAAAAAAAAACCCCACAGGGUCUCAUUCUCACGCGCUCCGUGUCUCCGGCGCCGAUUUCAAGCUCCGACAAGGUGUAAACUCGAAUCUUACCGUCUAGUUCAAACACAUCGCCCAGUUCGAGUCGUGUUCUUCAGACCAUCGAUUUCUGCGGUAUGAGUCUAUAAAGAAGACAAUAGUGCUCUGAUAUGGGUGUUGAAGAUUAUCAUGUGAUAGAGCUCGUUGGCGAAGGCUCUUUUGGGAGGGUGUACAAAGGAAGACGAAAGUACACUGGCCAGACGGUUGCUAUGAAGUUUAUCAUGAAGCAAGGAAAGAGUGACAAGGAUAUUCAGAAUUUGAGACAAGAAAUUGAGAUACUGCGAAAGCUGAAGCAUGAAAAUAUCAUCGGAAUGCUCGAUUCCUUUGAAAAUGCACGAGAGUUCUGUGUUGUCACCGAAUUUGCCCAAGGUGAAUUGUUUGAGAUUCUUGAGGAUGAUAAGUGCCUUCCUGAAGAGCAAGUUCAGGCAAUCGCAAAACAGUUGGUAAAAGCAUUGCAUUACUUGCAUUCUAACCGUAUAAUUCAUCGUGACAUGAAGCCACAAAACAUUCUUAUUGGUUCUGGGUCUGUCAUUAAGCUUUGUGAUUUUGGUUUCGCUCGUGCUAUGUCUGCAAACACUGUGGUCUUGCGAUCCAUAAAAGGAACUCCGCUGUACAUGGCCCCAGAGCUAGUGAGAGAACAGCCUUACAACCACACCGCUGACCUGUGGUCUCUUGGUGUGAUACUGUAUGAAUUGUAUGUUGGUCAACCCCCAUUCUACACCAAUUCAGUGUAUGCUCUUAUCCGUCAUAUUGUUAAGGAUCCUGUUAAAUAUCCAGACGAAAUGAGUCCGAAUUUCAAAAGCUUCUUGAAAGGAUUGCUCAACAAGGUACCCCAUAAUCGACUAACUUGGCCUGCUCUUCUUGAGCAUCCAUUCGUUAAAGAAUCACAAGAGGAAAUAGAAGCCAAGGAAAUGCAUUCUGCAGUGGUUGAACAAAACACGGUUUGGAGGCUCAAAGGGAACAGUAUCCAACUGCGAACUGAACAAUCUGAUUCUGAGGCCAUGGUAGAAAACACCACUAAUCCAGGCGUUGAAAGGGAUCUUCAGUCGACUAUCAAGAAUGCUGUCAAAGUAAAUUCUCCUUCUCCUGAAGAGCUCUUUGGAUUCCCAAGCCAUGGGGAGAUAAAAAGUUCAGGUAAUGCAGGUAAUGCAACAUUAGACAGAUUGGAGAAUAUGUCCCGCACUGUUAAAGGUGCAAAAGGUAUUGGUGAAGACGAGGAAGCACUGGCUCUUGUUUUGCUACCACUGGAAAGAUGGUUUAAACCAUCACCCGAUUCUAACAGGAACAAAGACGCUGUCUGCUCUGUUCAGUCCCUCAGGAUCCUUUCCAAUUUGAUUGCAGCAAGUGCCAUAGUUUCCGAUGAAGUGAUUGACAAAAUAACAUGUGUCCUGCUAGAUUUUACUGCUGCUCUUGUUGGGAUGAAAUCUUCAGACGUCAACAGCAUAAUAACAAAGAGUUUUUCAGUACUUCGAAGCUUGGUAGGAGACAUGGGAGGCGGUAGCAUCCGUCAUUCUUACAUCAAACAUUGGACCAAAUUAGUGGAUAUGUUUAUGCAGGUUGUUGGAUGGGGAGAAGAUGGAAAUGGGAGAAUUUUAUAUGAGUCCUGUGCAUGCAUUAGAGUGAUGUUGUCUCGAGUCGCACAAGAUCUCAAAUCCUCUAGCACCCCUUCAGCUUGUAGCACAGAUGGAGUAUCUAAACAGAUUUUGGAGCAUGCUAACAUGUCCCGCAUGGUUGAUCAGUUGUGCCUUUGUUUGGCAUCUUCUGGAUCAAGUUUAACUUCUGGCUCCUUGAACAUGUUACCGUCUUCCUGUGAAGCUUGUAGGGCAAUAUGGAUACUCAUAGAUGCUUCUGAAACCCUAUUUAUAAACGAGAAUGUCAACCUAUUCCCUCUAGAUGCUUUCCACGGCCAUGGUUUUUCUCAACUUGAUCCAAGAAACUCUGAAUGGGGUCCACUUUCUGAAAAAAUUGUUGAGACUGUAACACGGGCAUUUCUCAGAUCAAAACAAGUGCAAGUUGCUGUCAGUCACUGUCUUCGCCAACGUGUCGAGGCUCCAUUGGGUGCUGCUAUUCAGCUCUUGUCAAGAUGCUGUCUCCACAAUGGGAUCGUUCCUAGUGUGCUUUGUGGUCUUCCCAGUUCAUUGCCUGUGACUACUGUUGUCAGUGGUGGAGAGGAUGGUACUGUCAUUUCAGAAAUAUUUUCUAUAUUAUCUUAUGUGGCACCUUCAAACAAGGACGCACAAACAGCAGACACAAAUAACUUGAAGUGCAGAUUAAACAAUCUGGUUGUCCAUUCAUGCCUUCUUUUGGCAACAGUUGCUCAGUGUUUGAAGUUAACUGGGAGAAAUUCUGCCCUGAUUAUGCUCACGACUUCUCCAAAGAAGCAUCUGCAUCGUCUUUCUGCCAUUACUAACCACAUUUCGUCGGAUGACAAAAUUGAAGCUUCUCUUCAGAAUCAAUCUGCAUCAGCUAUGCUAGCUCUGGCCUCCAUUCUCUCUCUCGAACGGGGAUCUUCUGUUGAAUCUUCUGUCUCUGAGAUUGCUGUGCCUUUGAUUCCUCGGGCUGCUACACUCUGUUCUCACCUAAGGCUUGUGCCAAGUAAAGAAGGUGAAGUCAUAUCUAAAUGUUCUGAGUGUCAUCUCACCAAAUGGCACGGCCUUCGAGAUGGAUGUAUUGGCUUACUAGAAUCCAGGUUGAAGUGGGGAGGACCACUGGCUGUGCAGCAGCUGAUUGCUAGUGGUACACCUUUACUUCUAAUAAAUCUGUUAGUCGGGAACCAUUCAAAUGCUUCCCCUGAUGGAGUUAAAAGGACACCCAACCAGAUUGGCUUGUCUCCUAUUGGUGUUCUAUGGACUGUUUCAUCAAUAUGCCACUGUAUUUCAGGUGGUACUUUAACUUUUCGUCAGGUUCUUGUGAAGAGUGAAAACCUGAAACUGUUAUCAGGUUUAAUAUCUGAUAUUCAUCUCAAGUUGGUAAAGAACUGGGGAGGACCUGGGGGAGGAAAGGAUGGGGUCAGAGAGACAAUAAAUGUGAUAAUCGAUCUCCUAGCAUUUCCUUUUAUUGCUCUACAGAGCGCACCUGGUUCACUCUCUGCUACCGCUUCUGUAAAUAGUGGAUUCAUUCUCAACAUUGGUUCGCCUGGUGCAAGAGUGUGCAUGGAAGAUAGGGAUUUGGUAAAAGCAAUAGAAGAAGACAUGGACAGAUACAUUAAGGCCCUUGUGGAGGUGGGAGUGCCUAGUUUAAUACUCCGAUGCUUGGAACACUUGGAUUCGAAAGAUUUAGGAAGACCCGUUGCGUUUGUAGCGAAAAUGGUGGGUCGUCAGCGUCUUGCUGUUGAGCUCAUUAGCAAAGGCUUGUUGGAUCCAAGCACAAUGAGAAAGCUACUCAACCGUUCAGGUCCAAGAGAAGUCAUCCUUGAUACUUUAAUGAUAAUAUCUGAUUUAGCAAGGAUGGAAAAGGCCUUCUAUAAAUAUAUCGCUGAAGCUUCUGUUUUGGAGCAUUUAAAGGAGUUCCUCACUCAUGAAGAUCCAAAUGUACGUGCAAAGGCAUGCAGCGCUGUUGGAAACAUGUGCAGAUACAACGGAUACUUCUACAGUUCUCUUGCGGAGCAUCAAAUUGUCAGUCUCCUCAUUGAUCGAUGUGCUGAUUCUGACAAAAGAACCCAAAAAUUUGCAUGUUUUGCGAUCGGUAAUGCUGCAUACCAUAACGACACAUUGUACGAAGAGCUAAGAAGGUCGAUACCACAGCUGGCACACGUUUUGACCUCUGCUGAGGAAGACAAGACAAAAGCAAAUGCUGCCGGGGCAUUGAGCAAUCUUGUAAGAAACUCCAACAAGCUCUGCGAAGACAUUGUCUCCAAAGGAGCUAUGCAGGCUUUGAUGAAGCUGGUCGCAGAUUGUUCAGCGGUAGCUCUAAACCCGAGCAAGAAAGAGACAGCUGGCGAGUCGCCGCUUAAGAUUGCACUCUUCUCUUUGGCGAAAAUGUGUUCAAAUCAUCAGCUUUGCAGGCAAUUCGUUAGAUCGUCAGAAUUGCUUCCCGUCAUUGCAAGGUUACGGCAGUCUCCUGAGCCAAACAUCGCUCAUUACGCUUCGGUUAUUGUCGCCAAAGUCGGCGGUGACUCUUGAGGCUUAAGGCUUAAGUGUUAUGCAAAUUCGGGUCAAAAUUUUACUAUGCCUAUGGUUAUAAUGUCUUAUAUGGUUAACGUCUGAUACAUUUGGAAAUGCAAUACUGUAAUCCCUGUAUUGAAAUCUUGUGUUUUCUCACUGAGAUGUUGGAGAUCAUCUUAUAUA